UCUCACCUGAAGGUAUAUCGACGUUUCGGGACUACCUUAAAGGAACCGCUACGUGAAUCAAUGACGGUGUUUUCCGGCAGUAGACAGGUGGUUCCCGUCGACUGCGAGGCUGAAGUUUCUCAGCGUCUUCUCGAAGCUUCGCUAUCCGGCGAUCUGAGGUCCGCUCUCGAAUGCAUCGCCGAUCCGUUCGUCGACGUCAACUUCGUCGGCACCGUUUGCCUAAAAACGAGGAAGACCGAAGUCGUUUUGAGAGAAGAAUCCGCGAGUGAGGUCCGCGUGGAGUAUGAAGAGUUUAAAACGGACGUAACCGCUCUUUUCCUCGCUGUUCAUGUUGGAAAUGUCGCUCUCGUAAAGAAACUACUGAGCAUAGGAGCUGAUGUGAAUCAGAAACUCUUUAAGGGCUUUGCAACAACAGUAGCAGUGAGGGAGGGUCGUCUUGAGAUUCUGGAAAUCUUGCUUAAAGCUGGGGCGUCUCAGCCUGCUUGCGAGGAAGCUCUUCUGGAGGCAAGCUGCCAUGGGCAAGCAAGGCUUGCGGAACUGCUUAUGGGCUUUGAUUUAAUUCGACCACAUGUUGCUGUCCAUGCUUUCGUUACAGCAUGCUGCAGGGGAUUUGUGGAAGUGGUGGACACUCUCAUGAAGUGUGGCGUUGAUGCAAGUGCGAGUCAUAGGCUGCUGCUCCGGUCUUCUAAACCUUCUCUAUACACAAAUGUUGACUGCUCUGCACUUGUUGCUGCUGUUGUUAGUAGGCAGGUUUCUGUUGUUCGCUUGCUUCUACAGGCUGGGAAACCAACUGAUAUGAAAGUAAGUCUUGGAGCAUGGUCAUGGGACACUACUACAGGUGAAGAAUUUCGAGUGGGUGCAGGACUGGCUGAGCCCUAUGCCAUUAGUUGGUGUGCUGUAGAAUAUUUUGAAGAUAGUGGUACCAUCUUGCGCAUGCUCCUUCAGCACCUCACCCUUGAGACACCUCACUAUGGAAGAACCCUCCUCCACCAUGCAAUCCUUUGUGGCAAUGCAGGAGCAGUCAAGGUGCUCUUGAGCCGUGGUGCAAAUGUAGAAUGCCCAGUUAAAACCAUGAAAACUGAGUUCCGUCCAAUUCACAUGGCUGCUCGUCUCGGCUUGUCAGCAACCCUUCAAUCCCUCAUUGAUUCUGGUUGUGAUCUAAACUCAAAGACUGACUCUGGUGACACAGCUUUGACGGUUUGUGCAAAAUACAAGCAUGAAGAAUGUCUCAGAGUGUUGACCAGAGCUGGUGCUGACUUUGGCUUAGUUAACAUCUUUGGUCAGUCAGUUAGUUCAAUUGCUGGUUCAAACCGGUGGUCGCUUGGUUUUCAGCAAGCAGUGCUAGAUGUAAUCAAGGUUGGAAAGAUUCCCAAGUCAAGCAAUGUUUCAGUUUUCUUUCCCUUAAUAUUUGUUGCUCAAGCUGGUGAUGUUAAGGCUCUAAAAGUUGUGAUUGGAAGGGGAGAAGUUAAUCUUGAUUAUCAGGAUGAUAAUGGUUUCUCAGCGGUCAUGGUUGCUGCCUUAAAAGGUCACGUUGAAGCAUUCCGCUUGCUGGUUUAUGCUGGGGCUGAUGUUAAGCUGUUAAACAAAUCUGGUGAGACUGCAAUUACAUUAUCUGAACUGAACCAGAACCGUGACCUGUUUGAGAAGGUGAUGCUUGAAUUUGCAAUUGAAAAAGGCAAUCGCAAUGCUGGGGGCUUCUAUGCUUUGCAUUGUGCAGCGCGUCAUGGAGACUUGGAUGCUGUUACAUUGUUGACAAGAAGGGGCUAUGACGUAAAUGUCCCUGAUGGAGAUGGCUAUACUCCACUUAUGUUAGCAGCUAGGGAAGGUCAUGGUUCCAUGUGUGAGCUCUUAAUCUCAGAUGGGGCAAAUUGUGAUUUUAAGAAUGCUAAGGGGGAAACUGCGCUCUCUCUUUCUAGAAAAACUGCUGGCUUGAAAAACGAUGCAGAACGUGUGAUUCUAGAUGAGUUUGCUCGCAAGCUUGUUCUUGGUGGUGCCCAUCUCAUUAAGCAUACCAAGGAAGGAAAGGGAAAUCCUCAUGUGAAAGACGUGAAAAUGGUGUUAACUGCCGGAGUGCUGCAAUGGGGAAAGUCAAGUCAACGAAAUGUGAUAUGCCGAGAGGCAGAAUUGGGGCCAAGUCCAGCUUUUGAGAGGAACAGGCGCAGCAAGGGUGAUGCUAAUGAACCUGGAGUAUUUCGGGUGGUGACUACCAAGAAUAAAGAGAUUCAUUUUGUCUCUGAAGGUGGGUUUGAAAUGGCAGAGCUAUGGGUAAGAGGAAUAAAGCUUGUAACUAGGGAUGCUAUCUUUGGUAGCCAGAAAGCUAGGUAGGGAUGAGUUAGAAAGUUGAUUUUUAGAUGAUUGUAUAGUUGUUUGGAGGAGUACUUCGUCGUGAAGUAGCUUGAACUAUCGCUAUUUCGUUGUAAAGGUUCUGAUCUCCAGUACUUUGUAAAUGCUUUCCAUCUAAAAAUAUCCGAGUGUCGGUUUCCUGUUCUAGUUUUUGAUCUGGAACUGCGAAUGAACAGAGCACACUGAAGCAUUGGGAACUCUCAAAACCUGAUUGACGUCAUUGGCAGUGCACCAGGUUCCGAAUGGGGAUAAUCGUGCUGGGUUCUGGUAAAUACUGGAGCACCGUAGCUCAGCCAGCGGGAUCUCCUUUGCCUUGCAGAAACAGUAAGCUGUCUGGGCUGUUCUGGUAACAUUGGGACAUUGUUAAACACUCAAUUACAUAAACAUGUUGAACAAAGUUCUUCAACAGUAAUGAGAUCGACCCAUUUCAAUUACAUCGAAGACCUUAUUCAAUUGAUGAUAAUGAUAAGGUAGAAGGCAUAUCUUGAUCAACUUAAGUUUUAAUUAUCUUUGCUUUAUAAUAGUCGCA